AACUUCUAAACAAUUAACACAAAAAGAUGCGAUAGAAAAUGCCACUAUUACUCGACUCACCCCAGCGGAGCUCUCAAUAAGCCGACGACUUGUCCUCAGUAGAGACUAAAGCGAAGUAGCGGGCGGUUCGCUUCUGCUGGCUGCACACAUCGCCGAAGGAAAUAACAGGAGGGGAGUCAUCUCGCAUCUCGCCGUGAACCGGACGUGGAAUCAUUCAGAGACAACGUGCUUCCAUGUGUUUCUGAAGCGUCUCCAAACAGAUUGAGAAACCGUCAUCAUGACAUCGUUGGCUCACCAGCUAAAAAGGCUCGCGCUGCCUCAGAGCGACCCGAACCUGCUGACCCGCAAAGAGGUCACGUCGCUGCUCUUUGACCCCAAAGAUGCUGCAUCCAUGGACAGAAGCACCUUCUACGCCCUUGGCUGCACGGGGCUGGAAGAGCUGCUGGGAAUCGAGUCUGCGUUCCAGGAGUUCCAGGACACGCUCUUCAGCCCGUCCUCGCUGACUCUAGAGCGCAGUGUCCAGUCCAAAGAGGUCAACAAGAAGCUGGACACCGGCAUCUCACUCUUCCUCACCCGCCUCUGCCCGUACUUCCUCCUCAAACCGGCCCACAAGUGCAUCGAGUGGCUCGUUCACCGCUUCCACAUCCAGCUGUACAACGCUGACAGCCUGCUGGCCUGUGCGCUGCCUUACCAUGACACCAAAGUGUUUGUUCGAGUCCUGCAGCUCCUCAAGAUCAACGACGCCACCAGCCGCUGGAACUGGCUGCACUGCCUGCAGAAACCUGGCGUGCCGUUGUCGAGAGGAGCUCUGAUCACUCACUGCUACACAGACCUGAGCUUCAUGGACUUCAUCUGCACCAUGGUCACAGACUCCAUCCAGGCAUUUUCUGAUCACUCUGGGGGUUGCUCCCAGCUGAGAGUGGUCUUCUCCUUCUACGCCUCCACCAUCGUCCCCUCCCUGGACGCUGUGGAUAAAGUGUCUGACACCAUAAUUUCCAAAUUACUUCCAUACGUCCAAAAGGGAUUAACGUCUUCGCUGACUGACUACAAAGCCGCCACAUACAUGAUCGUGUGCCAGCUGUCAGUAAAGGUGAUGAUGGAGGCGAGUCUGGUUGACAGCCUCGCAGUGCACAUCAGCAAAUCCCUGGUCAAAGAGCCGGUUCUGGCUAAAGAGGGACUGGGCUGCCUCAUUGUGCUGCUGCAGAACCAGAAGGAGGGAGCUGCAGGGCCCAGAGCUUUCAGCCGUUUGUGCUCGAUGCCCACAUUGGCCUCAACACUUCAGGUCAUGGCAACUCUUCAUGAUGUCAGCCCUCUCCUGCGUUACCUGCUGCCCCACCUGAUCCACGCCACGUUCACCUGCAACUCAGGUAAAGGCACAGCGGAUGAGCUCGGUGUGUUGCAGUCCCUCCUCGAGUCCGUUCCUCUGACCAAAGGCUUGGACCAGGCUGUGGCUCGUUGGAUGCUGGACAAGUAUCUGAGUCAGACGGAGAUUUCUGAUGAAAACAUCUCAUCUCUCAACAAGCGCCUGGUGCCUCUGGUCCGACUGUUUGAGUGCAGAUACUGUGGAGCUUUGGACAAUGUUCUCGCAGGCCACAUAACCGACGUCAGCAAGACUGAGCAGAGGCAGCUUUUCCACCUCUUCCUCUCUAUGUCUAUGAGCAGCGGGAAAUACCAGAUUUUGGGCGACUCAGACACGUCGCUGCUCCUCAGUCUGAACCACCCGCAGCCUUUGGUCCGAGUCUCUGCUGUGGAACACCUGAGGACUACCGUCACCUCUGCGCAGCAGCAGAAUUUGGACAAAACAUUCCUGAAAGACGCUGUGAUGAACCGUCUGAUGGACGACGUGCCCCAGGUGGUGACAGCUGCACUCAAAGUCCUGGAGAUGUUGUUGGAUGAUUUGGACCCUGAUGACACAGUGUCAUGUUUGCUGUCUCUGCUGCACAGAGUGGAUCAGUCUGUGACCGAGCACUGGUUGCCUGUGCUGAACGAGGUGGUGCGUUUACUGUCCGACCCCUGGCUGGGAAAAGAUGAUGGUGAGCUGGUAAAGAGGGUGGGCUGGAGGCUGCUGCCGUUCUUGGUAGUCACAGAUGCACGUCCCAACUCGGUCCAGUUCUGCCUCUCCUCCUGCAUCGCCCAAUCCCCCAUCCUGACCCAGCACCCACUCACGCUCAACUGGGCCCAAGACUUCAGUAAAGUGAUGAAGAGAAGCUCUGAACCAAAUUUCAUGGGUCUGGCCAAUGAGCGUCUCGUCUCUGUGCUGAGUGGUAACCUUGCGAACAUGGAGCACUUCUUAAAACGUGAUGCGCUCGAGAAGUUGGCUCUGACUGUGGAGCAGCAGCGGGGCUCAGGCCUCAGAGACAGGACCUCCUUUCUGGUGCUGACCCAGACUCUGCUGCUCACCCUGGGGGAGCUGAGUGAGACCCAGCACCUGCUGACUGCCCAGAGGGUCUACGCACUGCUGGAGCCACAUCUGCUGGAGAUCAACAGGGGCCAGGAUGCUCAGGAAGCUGAGAGGGCUGUUGUUGCCACUCCUUCUUCCUUCUCUGAAGCUCUGACUCUGUACUUGAGGGAAUGUGGGCAGCGUCCAGGCAAACGGCUGGACAGAGAGUUCAGCUUUGUGGUGAUGCGUCUGCUCAGAGACUUUAUCUUCUCCCUGAAGUGUCACGACGCCUCAUUCAAAGAUGAGAUGUGGUGGAACCCAGAGAAGCUGGACACCAACACUUGCUGUUACCUGGGACUAAUCUGCCGUCUGUUUAGCGUUUGUAUAGGCGGUGCCGGAGACGGGCCAACAGCUUGCAGCUUCAGGGAACUGAUGAAGCUGCUUGUCCAGGUCCACUUGCGUGAGCCGGCUGUACUCUUCAGGUUCCUGUGCAUGGUGUGGGGGUACAGUAGUAACCAUGGAGACCAGCUGGAGGUGAAAGUUGGUGCUGUGCUGCAGACCCGGGCCCUGUACAUGGGCACGUCUGUUCUAGGAGUCCAGUCCAUGGCCACGCUGAAGGAGCUGGCAGCAGCAGACUCGCCUGUGGUCCUGUCCCUGUUGUGCUGCCUCAGCUCUCCAGCUCGGGAGGUCCGAGAGGUGACCCUGGCUGCACUGCAGAGCCUAUCGGGAGCUGGCACCUCCCCCUUCCAGCCAAUCAUUGGGAAGCUUCUGAAGACGCCAGAGGAGAUCGUUGCUGAUGCUUCGUACCUGAGCUCGGUUCUCGGGGUUCUGUAUGACAAGUGUCUGUCUGGUAAAGAGAAGAAGCUGCAGACAUCAAUGCAGCGACUGCUGCAGAGCAUCCAGAGUUCCUCCUGCCCAUCGUACUCCAUCGUGAGCCUGCUGAGAGCACUGAGCCAAGUCAACGGACAAGACAUCCUGGCAGCACUGCUUCCUGUGCUCGACCGGCUCCUGGAGCAGAGCGGCCCAGAAGCACCCACCCUGCUGCGGGCCGAGGCCCAGCUGAUGCAGCUCAUCCUGGAGAAGUUCAACGAGGCCUCGGCCCCGCUGCUGGCCCAGAACCAGAACAGUCUGGACCUGUUCAUCAGAGCACUGAGGACCUCAACGCAGCCGCACCCAGAUAUCCCCAGCUGCCAGAUCAUGGCUCUGGAGCAGAUCACAAAGCUGUUCUUCUCGGCUGUUGGAGACGAGAAGGUUCAACAAAAGCUGCUGUCGGUGAUGUUCGACCUGCUUUUGGAGAGCAGGAGUCCACAGGUGGCCAACAGCAUCAGCAGCGUCUUCAAAGCGAUCACUGUCGACAGUCAGCUCAUGGCCAACGAGCUUGCUCCUCCUGAGAAACCCAAAGUCAGCGUGACGGUGCAGCAGAGCCGCAGGAGUAGAAUGGCCCAGAGAAAACCACAGGAGAGUGAACCGGAGGCAGCGGCUGUGUCCUGGCAGAGAGUUACUCUGAUCCUGGAGCUGCUGCAGCACAAAAAGAAGCUGAAGAGAGCCCAGAUGCUGGUGCCGGUUCUGUUCACUCUGCUGGGCAGGAGUCUGGAGCUGAGUUCCAGCGACACCAACAUGGAGUACACCAAGCAGCUGCUGCUCAGCUGCCUGCUCAAUGUGUGUCACAAGCUGUCGCCCAUCGGCACACCUGUGGCUGCAGACGUCCUGGAUGAAGACAAGUUCAGCGUGGAGCUGGUCGUUCAGUGCAUCCGAGGAUCCGACAUGCCGCAGACCCACCACCAUGCACUGCUGCUGCUGGGCACCGUUGCCUCCAUUUUCCCUGAGAAAGUCCUGCACAACAUCAUGCCCAUCUUCACCUUCAUGGGAGCCAACAUCAUGCGCUUGGAUGACGCCUACAGCUUCAGGGUGAUCGACAAGACGGUGCAGAUGGUGAUACCAGCGCUGAUCAAGGCGAACCAGCUAUCAGACAGCAGCUCUUCAGCCCACAUGGACUCUGUGGUGACCAGGAUUGUGCACGUGUUUGCGGACGCGUUGCCUCAUGUUCCUGAGCACCGACGGCUUCCCAUCCUGACCCAGCUCGUAAGCACCCUGGGGCCCGCCCGCUUCCUCUGGGUCCUGAUGCUGCUUCUGUUCAAGCUGCACGCCAUGCAGGGAGCAAGCUCCCCAGCCGAGAAGGAUGCGGCUCGGGAGCAGGACGUGGACUUCUGGAUUUCGCUGUCCUGUCAGUUUGAGGUCAGCGACCAGCUCACCUCCCUCAUCAACAUCCUGAACUUCCUGCUGCAGCUGCCGGACGACAAAGACGACGCUGCAGCUCCAGUGACGCGCUCUGUGGGCCGGCGAGGAGCCAAGAAGGUGGAGAACGAGGACAAGAUGGAGGAGCUGAUCUUCAGCGUGGAGGCUCACAGCAGCAAAGAGCUGCGACACUUCAAGUUCCUCUCUGUGUCCUUCAUGGCUCAGCUGCUGGGCUCAGCCAUCUUCAUCGGAAAGGUUGCGGACAGCAGCGACGCUGACGAGUCUCUGCAACAGCUGCAGCAGAGGCUGCUGGAGGAGAACCUGCGCUACAUCCAUAGCGUGGCUGGUUGUGUGGAGGAAAACGUGGACAAACCCACUGCCAAGUUCUGGAGAGUCCUGCUCAACAAGGCCUAUGACGUUCUGGAUAAGGUGAACGCCUUGCUGCCUGCGGACACCUUUAUCGUGGUAAUGAAGGGGCUGAUGGGGAACCAGCUGGCAUCGGUCAGGAGGAAAGCCAUGGAGCUGCUGAACAACAAGCUGCAGCACAGGAGCCAGUGGGACGAGCAGCAGGUCACCAAGCUGCUGCAGCUGACUGCCGACCUGCUGUGCAUCGUGGGUAAAGGUCACGUCAAGGUCACUGAGGCAGCUGAGCAGGCCAUCAACCGGCAGACGGCGCUCUACAGCCUCAAGCUGCUGUGCCGCAGCUUCGGCUCCGACCACAAAGAGACAUUCGUGCCCGUGCUCCUGCGAGCGGUGCAGAUCGUCACGGCGACAGACGAGGAGAAGAACGUGAUGAGUAGCGCUCUGCUCUGUAUUGCAGAGAUAGUCAGCACGCUCAAGGCCCUCGCCAUCCCACAGCUGCCCAGGUUGAUGCCCGCGGUGCUGCACGUGCUGACCGACAGGAAGGACCUGCUGACCAACGAGAUCUACCUGUUGAGUGCCGUGACAGCCCUGCAGCGCAUUACCGAGGCGCUGCCACACUUCAUCAGCCCCUACCUGCAGGACACCACCCUGCAGGUGUGUCGACUCACACGGCUCGUAGAAACCUCCUCCUCCUCGUCCUCCACCUUCAGCCAGCUGUCGGCUCGCCUCGCCUCCCUGAGGAGCACGAUCGCCACCACGCUGCCACCCAGGGUCCUGCUGCCCACCUUUAGCAGGUGCUACAGCAGCCUGGUGGUGGACCGCAAGGCCCAGCUGGAGGCGCUGAUGAGCAUCCUGAAGGAACACAUCGCUCACACGGAGAAAGACCUGAUCAACGUCCACCAGGCAGAGCUCACCGCCUUCUUCCUCUCCACGCUGGACUUCCGGGCGGAGCACUGUCAGGGCGACCUGGAGAAGACGUCUCUGAUCGAGGGCAGUGUGAUCGACUGUCUGCUCACCAUGGUGAUGAAACUGUCCGAGGUCACGUUCAGGCCGCUCUUCUUCAAGCUGUUCGACUGGAGCAAAUCUGGCAGCAACGAGCGCCUGCUGACGUUCUACCGACUGUGCGACUGUGUCGCAGAGCGGCUUAAAGGCCUGUUCGUCCUGUUUGCAGGAAACCUGGUGAAACCUUUCUCAGAGCUGCUGCAACAGACACACAGCUCCCACACAGAUGAGCCGCUGUUCGCCUCGGACCAGGCCACAGAGAAGACGGGUCAGCUGCUCCAGUCCAUCCUCAACUGUCUCCAUAAGCUCUGCCUGUAUGACACUCAGCGCUUCCUGAGCAGAGAGCGAGCCGACGCCCUGCUGAUGCCGCUGGUCGACCAGCUGGAGAACAUGCUGGGUGGAGAACAGAAGUACCAGCAGCGCGUGAGCCAGCACCUGGUACCUUGCAUGGGUCAGUUCUCUGUGGCUCUGGCUGAUGACGCUCAGUGGAAAACUCUGAACUACCAGGUCCUGCUUAAGACCAGGCACAGCAGCGCCAAGGUGCGUUUCUCGGCUUUGUUGGUGCUAAUGGAGCUGGCAUCGAAGCUGAAGGAGAACUACAUGGUGCUGCUGCCGGAGACCAUCCCCUUCCUGGCAGAACUGAUGGAGGACGACUGUGAGGAGGUGGAGCAGCAGGUGCAGAAGGUCAUUCAGGAGAUGGAGAACAUUCUGGGAGAACCUCUGCAGAGCUACUUCUAAUGUCACUUUUUGUACUUUUACUGUCAAAUGUAUGAUUAAUAAACUCACUCAUUCUCUCUCA